AUGCUAAGUUUAUGGGUAAGAAAGGAACGCAAUGGUAAAAAAAUAAUGAUGCAAACGAUAGCUGAGGAAAGCGUACGAAAGAGCAACGGAUUUGCUGCAAAGCAACUUUAAAAUUCUUCACCUGGAAGGCAAAUUAGACAUUAAAACCAUCAAAAUAAGGGGUCAAUACAGCCACAGUUUAAUUAGACCUCAGUAACCGGAUUAGGUCAGGGACCGCAGUUAUAACUUGGGCUUAGUGGAGCUUUUUUAAAUCCCUUUAAUACAAAUCAGCAUUAAUUUUUCAGGAAUGCUGUAGCUGCAAAUAAACCAAAUUAGUAAAAAUCUCCAAGGAGCACAAAAAGUACAAUUAAUAGCACAAGUUAACAAGCAUCCUUAUCAACAAUGAGCAAGUAGGAUUCGAGUCUUUAUAGAUUUUCUUCUAAGGGAGGCAUGAGCAAUAAUAGUAGUUCAAUCAAAGGAGUUGUAACUAGCACAUGCUGCAAACGAAAGAAAACUGUAAAUAACGCAGAUUUCUCUGAGGAAGAGAUGAAAUUAAACUCAAUUAAUAGAAAAAGUUCAAAUUAUGCCGUUUCAGUAACUUAAUCGGUUCAUACCAAUACAACUUACAAUGAAAAUGAUGCCUGUGAGAAUCAUAGUCAUGAUGAUGCUUGUUAAAAUCAUUCAAAUAAAUGCACUAUGGAAAGAGAUGAUAUCCUCAAGGAUAUUCAUACUUUCCUUAAUAACUAAGAAAAAUAUCUCAGUCAGAUUCUUAAGAUUGGAAAUUACGACAAAAAUAAGCCAAUAUAGGAGUCUCUUAAUCUAAUUUCUUAAAAACUUAACAGUUUGACUGAUAACAAUUAGAACUAGAAUAGUAAUAAUAAUGAACUAAAUUAGCAGGAUAUUUCAGUGAUAAAGUCAGCUAAAUUACAAAAUGACUCUAGUACAUCUUAUCAAGUAGGACUAAAUAUAUUUGAGGAACUUUCUCAUAAAUAUACCCGAGAUCUAAAAUAGCAUCUCAAAAGUAUAAGAUUUAAUCCUCAUAUUAACCCCAAUUUAGAAUGUAUUAUGACCAAAUAACAAUGCAUGAGCUUCGAUGACAUUGCAGGGAAUGACUAUGCAAAAGAAAUUAUCAAUGAGACAUUUGUACUCCCAAGUAUAAUGCCUUAGGUAUUUAAAGGCAAGGCAAGACCUUGGUAAUCAAUCCUGUUAUACGGAGUAAGAUUCAUAGAUUUAUUUUAUAUUAAUUAGCCUCCUGGAGUUGGUAAAACUAUGCUGACACAAGCUGUUUGUUAUCAUUCAAAAGCCACCUGUUUCUGGGUUUCGCUAGCAGACAUCACCUCAAAGUUUAUAGGUGAAAAUGAGAUGGAUUCAUUAGGCAGAAAAAGAACCGGCAAUGAAAGUGAGACUGAGAGAAGAAUUAAAACUGAGUUUCUUAAGUAAAUGGAUAUGAUUAAGAAUAUUCCGGAGAAGGUGUCUGUAUUCGCAACUACAAACAUGCCUUGGGAAUUAGACAUUGCAGCACUCAGAAGAUUUGAAAGGAAGAUCCUAGUCCCUAUGCCUGAUAAAGAGACUAGGAAGAAUGUCAUGAAACUUCACUCUGGGACACAUCAUACACUCACAGAUGAGGAUCUUGAUUUCCUUGCAGAACAAACUGAAGGGUACUCUGGCAGUGAUCUAUCAACUCUAGUUAAUGAUGCAUUGAUGAGACCUAUUAAGUAACUAUAGUAAGCAACUCACUUCAAGCGAGUAGAAAAGAGAGAGUUAGUUGAUUAGCUAAAAAAUGAAUACUAUGAGGAGACUAUUGAUGAUGAAGAGGAGGAUUUAACUGGGAGCAUUUGGAUGCCAGUCAUAGUGGAUUCUAAAACAGAUAAGUAAGCCUUAUUAAAGGAUGAUCCGAGCAUUAAAGAGAUGGAUCUGGCAGCUAUUUCUGAGAAGGAAGUAUUUGUUAGAAAAGCAUUUCUCAAUGAUUUUAAGCAAAGCAUAGAAAAUUGCAAGCCAACUAUUCAUGUGAGCUUCUUAGAACUCUAUGCUAAGUUUCUAGAGAAAUAUGGACAUGCAGAUCAAAAGAAUUAGUUGGAUGAGUUAAGAAAGCUCUAAUAGCCAUAAUAUCUUUCUUACUAUGCCUGA